UCGUCUUUAUCACUUUACAAUCCUGCUCUGAUAGGAAGGUAUUUGUCGCCAUCAUAUGGUGUGAUACUCGAACAACAGCGGAAAAGUAGGUCAAACUGUGGUGACGUCAGACGCAAAAGAGCGUCGCUGUAUAUUCCUCAUCGAUCGCAGGUGUCUCUCUACCGGUCACCGCGAAGCAGUUACAGUGCGUAUUUAGAAUGACAUUGGGAGCGAUUGCCUCUGUGAUCCUCGCCAUAGGAGGAGCCGCAAUGUUUUCUGCUCUUCAUAAGAUUGAGGAAGGACAUGUGGGUGUUUACUACAGAGGUGGAGCUCUGCUGACCGCCACCAGUGGCCCUGGAUUUCAUCUAAUGCUGCCGUUCAUUACUUCAUUCAAAUCUGUACAGACAACCCUACAAACAGAUGAAGUAAAGAAUGUUCCAUGCGGCACAAGUGGAGGUGUAAUUAUCUACUUUGAUCAGAUUGAGGUGGUGAACUACCUUGUUCCCUCAGCAGUUUAUGGCAUUGUGAGAAAUUUCACUGCUGACUAUGACAAAGCCCUGAUUUUCAACAAGGUUCACCAUGAGCUGAAUCAGUUCUGUAGUGUGCACUCACUUCAGGAGGUCUACAUAGGUCUAUUUGAUCAAAUAGAUGAGAAUCUAAAGCUCACGCUACAGGAGGAUCUUACCAACAUGGCACCUGGACUCAUCAUUCAGGCAGUCCGUGUUACCAAACCAAACAUUCCAGAAAGCAUACGCAGGAACUAUGAAUUAAUGGAGAGUGAGAGAACAAAGUUACUGAUUGCGGCUCAGACACAGAAGGUGGUAGAGAAGGAGGCAGAGACGGAGAGGAAAAAGGCUGUCAUUGAGGCAGAGAAGGUGGCACAAGUGGCUGAAAUCAAAUAUGGCCAGAAAGUUAUGGAAAAAGAAACAGAGAAAAAGAUAUCAGAAAUUGAAGACAGCGCUUUCCUUGCUACGCAGAAAACAAAAGCAGAUGCAGAUUUCUACACCGCACAGAGAGCAGCUGAGGCCAAUAAGCUCAAGCUGACCCCUGAAUAUCUCCAGCUGAUGAAAUUUAAGGCAAUAGCAGCUAAUAGUAAGAUUUACUUUGGAAGUGAGAUCCCUCACAUGUUUAUGGACUCAGGACCAGGAAGCUCCUCCUCCGCUGCUUCCAAAGCCAUAGACGCCCUAUCAGAGGGGAUACUGGACUUGGAAUGACGGGAGAUGGGGUAGAACUCUGGGUUGUAGCACUGAGAAUAAAUUAACGGGUAAUAAAAGACUAAUAGCCUGUCUGUGUAGACUGCAUUGGGACAAUCUGCAGCUGAAACCACUUCAGUAAAGUAACACGGUGCUUUACCUGUAUCUAUACCCUGGUGACUUGAUCACAAGCCAGUGGUGCUUGAACAGAGUAUUAUACUUUUCAAUAGAACAGAAUGUGGCUGUUUGAAUUUGAAUGUGACAAUGUACGCACGAGAUUUGUGCAUGGUUUAAAAUAUAUCGUUUAUAAACUUAAACAGUCA